AUGUCCGAGAUUGUGUACGACCCUAACAAGGCGGACGACCAGUUUCAAGCUGGUCCCAAACCGGCGAUCCCCAAGUUUGUCUCAUAUUUCCUAGUGAGUACGGUCAUUGUGGCUGGUGUGAUGUUAGCAAUCUUUUUGAUGUACAAGCUAAUAACCGGCAGACCGUUCAAGGACAUUUUCAAACAAACAAACACAGACAGCGAUCGGUAUAGUGGUGAGGAAAUGCAGCAUUUUGACCGUGAAAUCACCAAGAUGGACCCCCUUGAGCCGUCCAGGCCCGAAUAUCCCCAGUCAACAUACCAGAACCAGUAG